AAGAUCGCAUAAAUUGAUAAGAUCCAGUCAGUCUCUUGUUUUGCUGCCUGGAUGUGAAUAAUAAUAAGUAAUAAGUGAGGUAUCAGAAAAUGAUUGAGGAUGAUGAUCGAUGAAGUGACUCGAGUUUCUCAGCAGUUCCAGUGAUUCGGGAAACUAUUUUGUAAUCAGUAACGUGAGUGUAGGAGAGUGUGGGUCUUUCCGCAAUACACGAUCUUUGGGCCAAGUCAGUGUCUCGGCGCCAUAUUGAAGGUUGAGUAGCGCUGGAUUGAGCUGUACGCGGGAGCACAGAAAGAGACGGACCGCCAUGAGUCUCUUUGGGACGAGUUCGGGCUUCGGGACUGGUGGAACCAGUGUGUUUGGCGGUGCUACGACGGACAGCCACAAUCCCAUGAAGGAUGUUGAGGUUACAUCCCCUCCCGAUGACAGCAUCAGCUGCCUGGCCUUCAGCCCCCCAGCCAUGCCUGGAAACUUCCUGAUAGGGGGCUCCUGGGCCAAUGAUGUUCGGUGCUGGGAGGUGCAAGACAAUGGGCAGACGGUCCCCAAGGCCCAGCAAAUGCACACAGGACCAGUACUGGAUGUCUGCUGGAGCGAUGAUGGUAGCAAAGUUUUCACCGCUUCCUGUGACAAAACAGCCAAGAUGUGGGACCUCAACAGUAACCAGGCCAUGCAGAUAGCACAGCAUGACGGCCCCAUCAAAACCAUCCACUGGAUAAAAGCGCCUAACUACACCUGCGUUAUGACGGGUAGCUGGGACAAAACUUUGAAGUUCUGGGACACCCGCUCGCCGAACCCCAUGAUGUCCCUGCAGAUGCCGGAGCGGUGCUACUGCGCGGAUGUGGUGUAUCCCAUGGCAGUGGUGGCCACAGCAGAGCGGGGACUCAUAGUGUAUCAGCUGGAAAACCAACCAUCUGAGUUCCGCAGAAUAGACUCGCCCCUCAAGCACCAGCACCGCUGUGUCGCCAUCUUCAAGGACAAGCAGAACAAACCCACUGGCUUUGCCUUGGGGAGCAUCGAGGGACGGGUGGCCAUCCACUACAUAAACCCCCCGAACCCUGCAAAGGACAACUUCACCUUUAAGUGCCACAGGUCCAAUGGCACCAACACUGCCACACCACAGGACAUUUAUGCUGUGAAUGCCAUUGCCUUCCACCCUGUGCACGGGACGCUGGCCACCGUGGGCUCGGAUGGUCGCUUUAGUUUCUGGGACAAGGACGCUCGAACCAAGCUGAAGACCUCAGAACAGCUGGAUCAGCCAAUCACAGCCUGCUGCUUCAACCACAAUGGCAAUAUCUUCGCCUAUGCCUCCAGCUAUGACUGGUCCAAGGGACACGAAUACUACAACCCGCAGAAAAAGAACUACAUCUUCCUGCGAAAUGCCGCCGAGGAGUUGAAACCUCGGAACAAGAAAUGAUCGUUCCAGCUGUGUCACAUCUGUUGUGGGGGGAAGCCAAGGGGCAGCACGUGCGCUGAAGACCUGCCUUUACAUGUAUAUACGGGAGACCUCCUAUUGCCUUGCGUCUGGACCAAUGGCACCGUGUCGCGUGCUGUAAGCGGACCGAUCCGUAGGGCUCUUCCCCUCCGCUUCCAUGCCAGUCUUUUGACAUAUGUUCUUAAGGGGAUUCUUGUCACUUGUGGCUUUUUUGUUUAUUUGUACAAUGCAUCCUUAAGAGAAGACUACCUUUUCUGCGUGUUUUGCUGCCGCUAUAUGCUGUAUUCCUGAGUACGAAUACAAAAAUGAGAACUGAAUAAAAAUUACUUUUCUGUCCA